ACGUGACAACAGGCGCCGUCACGUGACCUGGGCGCGGCCGCCUGUUGUGGCCAUGGCGGCCACGAUCUCCAGUGUGAUGAGACGGGUGGAAGAGCUCGGGGACCUGGCUCAGGCCCACAUCCAGCAGCUUAGCGAAGCCGCGGGUGAAGACGAUCACUUUUUAAUUCGGGCCUCUGCAGCACUAGAAAAGUUGAAGCACUUGUGUGGAGAAGAGAAAGAACAUUCAAGUCCAUCAAAUCUCCUAGAACUUUAUACACAGGCUAUUUUGGACAUGACCUAUUUUGAGGAGAAUAAGCUAGUAGAUGAAGAUUUUCCUGAAGAUUCUUCACAGAAAGUAAGAGAGCUGAUCAGUUUUCUUUCAGAACCAGAAAUUUUAGUUAAAGAAAACAAUUUACAUCCCAAAUCUUGUGAUUUGCUUGGAGAUGAGCUGCUGGAAUGUCUCUCUUGGAGGCGAGGAGCCCUACUUUACAUGUAUUGUCAUUCUCUGACUAAGAGAAGGGAGUGGCUCUUGAGAAAAAACAGUUUGCUUAAAAAGUACCUUGUUGAUGGAAUCAAUUACUUACUACAGAUGCUAAAUUAUCGUUGUCCUAUCCAGUUAAAUGAAGGAGUUUCUUUCCAAGACCUAGACACAGCUAAAUUAUUGAGUGCAGGAAUAUUUAGUGAUAUUCACUUGCUGGCAAUGAUGUACAGUGGAGAAAUGUGCUACUGGGGAUUGAAGUAUUGUGCAGAUCAACAGCCAGAAAAUCAUGAAGUGGAUACCGGUGCUUCUGGAGCAAGUUGCACUUCACACAAAGAACUUUUGGAUUUCCGAGAAGUAGGAGAAAAAAUUUUGAAAAAGUAUGUAUCCGUGUGUGAAGGACCCCUGAAAGAACAAGAAUGGAAUACAACAAAUGCAAAGCAAAUCUUAAACUUCUUUCAGCAUCACUGUAACUAGUAGUUUAUCUAAUUCUUUUUAAUCUGAAAGACCCAUGAAAUAGAAAGGUUUCAGAAGAGAUACUGCCACUGAUUCACACUACAGAAAGAUUCACACUACAGAAAACUAUCCAGUAUGGUUACCCUUCUCUAAUGCUCUCAUCUUUCAUUAUAUAUCUUCAGACCUGUGAAUUCCUUAAUUCUUAAAUGGCAUAUGUAUAUUAUUCUUACUCAGCUUGAACUACAGAUAUCAUAUCAUAUCACUUGUAAGGAGGAACACAAUUUAGCUUUACAAAAUAUUUUCUAGAUUUUUUUUGUUUUUAAUUUUAGUUUUUUUUUUUAAAUGUUAUUUUGAGAUAGGAUUUCACUAUAUGUAAUGAAGCGUAGGCUGGCCACCAGUUCACUAUGUAGCCCACACUGGCCUUGAUCUCACAAUCUUCCUGUCUCAACUUCCCAAGUGCUAGUUUUACGGGCAUGUCCCACCAUGCCCAGAUAGAUUACUAUUUAUUUAUUUUUGCUGUGGUAUGAUAUAUGUAACACAAAAUUUAAUCUCUAUCUGGAAGUUUGCCAUGCUUCAAAGAUUAAAAUCGAUUCCCUUAUUGCUUUGAAUAUGUACUACAAAUACAGAUGUAGGCAAAAGGAAAGAUUAUGACUUAUAUUCAGAGUCAGAUUCCAAUAAGGUAAACAAUAGAAGAUUCCACAGGGAAUUGUAUUUAUUUAUGUUGUCAUACAUUACUAAUCAUAUUUAAUAUUUCUAUAUAGCAAUUUAAUACAAACUGUUAAAAUGAUUUUCUUAUUUGUUUAAAAUGAAAUGCAUAGUUUCUCAAAUAAUGAAGAUAAAAAUCAAGUUAUGUUAGUCCAUCAUUAGUUGAAUUGCUUUUAGGGAAUAUCUUUUCAUGUAGUAUUGGGAUUUUAAUAUUUUCCGUCUUUCAUAGUGGAGGUGAAAUCUUAAAGGCCACAGAGCCUCGUUUGCUGUCCUCCUCGCCGUCUUUCUGCCUACCUCAACUCUUGUCAUCUGCAAUGCUCUGCCUGAUUCCCUGUUGAUACACAAGAUGUCUUUCCCAGUGACUUCAUCACAUUCCAGUAACUCAUUCCUAGCGGUCAGCACCUGGAACAUUAGCCAUCCUCCUUUCUCUGUGAAAUUUCAGUAGCUGAUAGUAAUUCUCAUCUUUCUACCUUAACUUUCUUUGUUUUGUUGUGCUUUUUGUUCUUUUCACUCUACGACUGUAGCGUUUUUGCAGCCUUCCUUUCUUGACUUCUCUCGUCAUCCUGAGGAGACUUCCUUCAGCCUUUCUUCUUUGCCUUCUUCGUGGACUCCAUAUGAACAGAGGUCGCUUGUUUUCCUCUUCUGUCUUUUUCCACCCAGUCUUUCCAUGAGCCUUUCAUGUUGAAUUAUUCCUGUUACCAAGCUUGUAUAGAAUACUAAGUUCUAUGGGAAGGCCAUGCAUCCCUUCAGAGUAGAAUUUCUACAAGUGUGUCACUUGGCUUUAGAAGAGCCCUUACUGAAGCCUUUUGUUUGUUACUAGUAUGGUCUCUCUUUUUCCCUCAUUUUAGGUGAACUAAACUUUCUCAUCUCACUAUCUCAGGCCCUUUGCCUUUCCUCUGGUCAUACAGAGACCUGACAUCAUCAGGGUGUCAACAGUUACCAACCUCAUUCAUUUUCUCCUGUUGAACACUAUUAAAUACUUAAUGAUAUGUCACUCAUUUGUGACUUACCAUUUUUUUGCCUAUCUUUCUUGUUAGUCAUCUCCAGAGUUCUGUCUCCAUUUCUAUUCAUUUCCCCCCAUUUUCCUUUUACUGUAAAAUACUCUCAGUAUCAUUCAUAGCCAUAACCAUUACUUCUUCUGCCACCAUAGAAGGAGGUUGGGUUGGACUCCAAUCUUCCUCUUGCUUUCUAACUGCUUAUUGCAUGUCUUCACGUAGACAAACAUCCCAUAGUAGUUUUAAAUUUGGUAUGUA